AUGAAGAUCAUUCCUCUCCCUACCCCGGUGGACAUUGACCAGCCCACCACCAUCCGGUCAACUAUAACUCCAUCGUUCGACGGUGCCCCAUGUCGUCGCUGUCUCAAGGACGCUUCCCUAAACGAAGACGUCUUGCUCAUCUCAUAUAACCCGUUUCUUCCUGAAAAUCAAGAUACGCCGUACAGCGGCCUCGGCCCGAUAUUCGUCCAUGCGAACGACUGUACUCUGUAUGAUGGGAGUGAGGAUAACACGCUGGGCCUUCCGGAGAAAUACCACUCUCGCUUGCUCAACGUCAGGGCAUAUGAUGCAGGAAAUAUGAUGGUCUGGUACAAGGUGCUCGAGGGAACAAAGCUGAUGGAAACUCUUGAGGGCGAAGUGUUUGGAGAUAAGGAGCUGGAGGUGGAAUAUGUGCAUGUGCAUUUCACGGGGCCAGGCUGUUUUGCUUUCAAGGUUGUGCCGUAG